AUGGCAACCCUUUCAAUACUGCUCUUCGCUGCCACGGCAUUGGCACAGGGUACAAAGUAUGGCGAAAACCAUGUCGUGACCCAGUUUGACUCGCAGAUUGUUGAGCAGAGGGCGUUCCCGGCGCCUAAUGUCACCCUGUACAGUCCUGCGUUCGCGGCGAAUGCGUCUUUCACUCCUGGGUGGACUGAGGGUAUUGAGGGCGCGACCAGCCAAGCAGAUCUGGAUGCAUCUCUGCAAGACUUCGCACAGAAGAACGCAGCUUGGGCGACAUACAGCAACGCCGAUUUCUUGAGUGAGGAGGGCAAGUUCUUCCCAUAUGUCCGUCUUGCGAGCUCUUCGAAUUCAUUGAGCAAAGUCCGGGUCUGGAUUCAGGGAUCUGUACACGGGAACGAGCCAGCUGGCGAUGAAGCCACUCUUGCACUGCUGGGUGCGAUGGACGCCGACCCGACCUGGGCUGCUGGGUUCCUCGAAAAGCUUGAGAUCAUCAUUCUGCCGCGCUACAACCCAGAUGGCAAUGCGUACUUCCAGCGUACUUUGGCGACCAACUUCGACCCCAACCGCGAUCACACUAAGCUCGUACGUCAGCAGACACGGGAUAUCAAGCAAUGGUUCAGUACCUUCGCUCCGCACAUCGCCGUCGACAUGCACGAGUAUAGCGCACGCUCCAGGUAUGCUGGCAACUACAGCAAUGCUGCAGACGGCAUGUACAGUGCUGCGAAGAAUUUGAAUAUCCACCCAGCGAUCCGUGAGCUUGCUGAGACUGUCUUCGCACCCGCAAUUGGUGCAUCCCUCGAGUCCAAGGGUCUGCGUGGUGCGCCCUACAUGACUGCUUCUCAGUCAGCCAACCCAGUUCGCUUCGAGGAGGCCGGUACUGACGCAAAGAUUGGCCGCAACGCCAUGGGUCUGACGCAGUCGAUCACUUUUCUUUUCGAGACACGAGGUAUCGGAAUUGCCAACCAGUCAUUCAAACGCCGAACUCUUGGUGGGCUGCAGAUGAUUCUUGGUGUACUCGAGACAGCCCGCGAUCAGGCAGAGGAGGUAUACAGCACGAUUGAAGGAGCCAUCAAGGAGGUGAUCGCACGCCAGGAGCCCAUCGUGGUCACGGAUUACACCACCUACUCGAACCGCACUUGGACCAUGGUCGACACUCGCAAUGGCGAUGUUGUGAAGGUCCCCGUCGAAUUCGCCUCGACAACACCGGCGUUGCCGAACAAGACCGUUGCAAGGCCGGAGGGUUAUGUCAUUCCACGCGCAUGGUUCGAUCUUGCCGAGCGUCUUCGAGUUUCCGGUCUCGAAGUUGAGACUUUGCAAGAGGGCUUCAAGGGCGAAGUCGAAGUGUACAACAUCACCUCCUCAAGCCUUGCCCGCUCUUACUACGAAGGUGCGAUCCUGAACAAAGUGACUACCGACACAUUGACUCAGGACGUGACACUUCCGUCUGGGAGCUUUUUCGUGAAAAGCGCGCAGAAGAAUGCAGGUCUUGCUUUCGUUGCGCUAGAACCAGAGAAUAUCGACUCGUAUGUAAGCUUCGGUAUCGUGCCUUUGGAGGUUGGAGAUCUGUACCCAGUGUUCAGAAAGCUAUGA